AUGGGAGCCGAGCCAGACUUCUCGCCACCGCAGCCGGAGCUGACGCACUCGUCGGAGCCGGAGAUCUCCGGCAAAGAUAGCUGGAACUGGAAGGCGGACAUGAUGUCAGCUCUCGGGGAGUCAGUCUCCUUCGGCCGCUUCCUCAUGGAGCCACUCAAAUGGGGGAAGUGGUCCGCCUUCACGCACAACCGCUACCUCGAGAAGGUGGUGGUGCAGGCGCGCUCGGGCUCAGUCGCGCAGAAGAAGGCAUUCUUCAAGGCGCACUAUGCUAGGAAGAAGCGCAAGAGUGAGGACCAUGCCGCCACCAGUGAUGAUGUUGCUGGCGGUGAUCUCGAGGCGGUAGAGGAUGGUGGUGCCGCCUCGUGGUCAUUGUCUGCUAUGGAGUCUUCCUGCAUGACGGAUGAACCAUUGACACCAGCGGAGGAGGUGUGGUGCGGUUGGAAGGAUGGAGUGGUGGAUUGUGGUGACAGCGCCAAUGACAAGGAAAUUCCCAUUUUGAAUCAGGACAUCACAGAUUCUAUCAAGAAAAGGAGGAUUCAGCCGGCAUCCCUGCUUUCAAAGCCGACAAAGCACAGCUCUCCCCCUAUAGCAAAGAAAGGGCAGUCUUCCUCAGCUAAAAGGCAGUCAAUGCGGCAGUCUGCAAAGGAGAACACCUCACCACCAAGUGCAGACAGUUGCAAGCUAGGAACAACUUCGACCCCCCAAAAGACGUCAACACUGUCAGCCUUGCAUAUGUCUAUGAGUUUCACGUGA